AUGGGAUGCCAGCAAAGUGCAGAUGCUGGACCACAUGCAUCUGUCGCGAUGGUUGUCCUGCUGCCCCACUCCAAGCGGCCAGAAUACAGGUCCUUGAAAUACGCUUACCCCUGGGCUUUUGAGAACCUGCUCCACACCCUGGACAACACGCCGGACUUGACCAAAGCACAGCUUCCUCAGCUGCAGCUUGCCCGCACUUGUUUGCGCGGAAGAGACUCCAGACUCGGAGCUGGCACGCCCAAGACGAUGGCGACCUUAAAGCCGAAGGACUGGGAUGCCUCUGGCACCGACGUGACCGCCCUGAGCCACGAGGCUUUGGUCGGGCAUUUGCGGACACAGGUCCUUCGAGGCAUGAAGAGGCGGCGGGUCCGGUCCCAACCCGAGUUGACAAAGGACAGAUCCAUGCCAAGACUGGAGCCAGACAAGGAGAUGAGCACUACGAGGGGCAGAAACUCCUAUGGCAAUUUCUUCGUCAAAGAAUCGACCUGGGAGAAGGUGGGCUUCUUGGGGGAGCGCACCCUGAUACCCUACGAGCAGAAGCCGCGGACUCCACUGCCAGAGCACCUGCGAGAGGAGAUGCGAGCUGAGUGCGAGACUGUCCACCAGAUAUCCUUGAAGCUCUCCCAACCGCGGAACCGCGAUGGGAUGAUCUUCUCCGGUUAG